ACAGUGCGCGCUGCGCUCCGCCCCACUCGGUUCCGCUCCGCAGAGCCGGCGCGGCCAGGGCGCGGGGAGGGCGGCAGUCGGCCCCGACGCCUGCAGCCUCACGCGCUCCCUCGGCGGCGGCACCUGGGCUCCCCGACCGCUCCCCCGAGGCCCCAGCGCGCCGCGGGCGGGAGACCGGCCGGGACCGGCGGCGAGGGAGGGAGUGAGGAGCGAGCAGAGUCGCGUGCGCCGGCGCGCCGCUCCGGGUGCCCUCCCAGCCUGGGCCGGGGCCCGUCGCCGCCACACUCGCAGUGCCCGUGGGAGGGGCUGUGUGCCCGCGACCUGUCGGGACCGCGGCUGCUCGGCAAGAGGGCAAGGGCCAAGACCGCACGACGGCACACGCGGGACAGGUCCCUGGAUGAGAAGGAGCUGACAGCAGCCGAGCCCCACCUUCUCUGUGUGCUGGGGAGCGGGGCUGCGCCGCCCCGGUGGCCCAAUGCCGAAGAACAGCAAGGUGACUCAGCGCGAGCACAGCAGUGAGCAUGUCACGGAGUCGGUGGCCGACCUGCUGGCCCUUGAGGAGCCCGUGGACUAUAAACAGAGUGUCCUGAACGUGGCCGGCGAGGCAGGUGGCAAGCAGAAGGCGGCGGAGGAGGAGCUGGAUGCGGAGGACAGGCCGGCCUGGAACAGCAAGCUGCAGUACAUUCUGGCCCAGAUCGGCUUCUCCGUGGGCCUCGGCAACAUCUGGAGGUUCCCCUACCUGUGCCAGAAAAAUGGAGGAGGUGCCUACCUGGUGCCCUACCUGGUGCUGCUGAUCAUCAUUGGGAUCCCGCUCUUCUUCCUGGAGCUGGCUGUGGGCCAGAGGAUCCGCCGCGGCAGCAUCGGCGUGUGGCACUACGUGUGCCCCCGCCUGGGUGGCAUCGGCUUCUCCAGCUGCAUAGUCUGCCUCUUUGUCGGGCUGUAUUAUAAUGUGAUCAUCGGGUGGAGCAUCUUCUACUUCUUCAAGUCCUUCCAGUACCCGCUGCCCUGGAGUGAGUGCCCUGUCAUCAGGAAUGGGACCGUGGCAGUGGUGGAGCCAGAGUGUGAGAAGAGCUCAGCCACUACCUACUUCUGGUACCGAGAGGCCUUGGACAUCUCCAACUCCAUCUCGGAGAGCGGGGGCCUCAACUGGAAGAUGACCCUGUGCCUCCUCGUGGCCUGGAGCAUCGUGGGCAUGGCUGUGGUCAAGGGCAUCCAGUCCUCAGGGAAGGUGAUGUAUUUCAGCUCCCUCUUCCCCUACGUGGUGCUGGCCUGCUUCCUGGUCCGGGGGCUGCUGCUGCGAGGGGCCAUUGACGGCAUCCUCCACAUGUUCACGCCCAAGCUGGACAAGAUGCUGGACCCCCAGGUGUGGCGGGAGGCGGCCACCCAGGUCUUCUUCGCCCUGGGGCUGGGCUUCGGGGGCGUCAUCGCCUUCUCCAGCUACAACAAGCAGGACAACAACUGCCACUUCGACGCCGCCCUGGUGUCCUUCAUCAACUUCUUCACCUCGGUGCUGGCCACCCUCGUGGUGUUCGCCGUGCUGGGCUUCAAGGCCAACAUCAUGAACGAGAAGUGUGUGGUCGAGAACGCCGAGAAGAUCCUGGGGUACCUCAACACCGACGUCCUGAGCCGGGCCCUCAUCCCUCCGCACGUCAACUUCUCCCACCUGAGCGCCAGGGACUACGCCGAGAUGUACAAAGUCAUCAGGACCGUGAAGGAGGACCGUUUCCCCGCCCUGGGCCUCGACCCCUGCCUUCUGGAGGACGAGCUGGACAAGUCCGUGCAGGGCACAGGCCUGGCCUUCAUCGCCUUCACCGAGGCCAUGACGCACUUCCCCGCCUCCCCGUUCUGGUCGGUCAUGUUCUUCCUGAUGCUCAUCAACCUGGGCCUGGGCAGCAUGAUCGGGACCAUGGCGGGCAUCACCACGCCCAUCAUCGACACCUUCAAGGUGCCCAAGGAGAUGUUCACAGUGGGCUGCUGUGUCUUUGCAUUCUUCGUGGGGCUGUUGUUCGUCCAGCGCUCCGGAAACUACUUUGUCACCAUGUUUGAUGACUACUCGGCCACCCUGCCGCUCACCCUCAUUGUCAUCCUUGAGAACGUCGCGGUGGCCUGGAUCUAUGGAACCAAGAAGUUCAUGCAGGAGCUGACAGAGAUGCUGGGCUUCCGGCCCUACCGCUUCUAUUUCUACAUGUGGAAGUUCGUGUCUCCACUGUGCAUGGCUGUGCUCACCACGGCCAGCAUCAUCCAGCUGGGGGUUACGCCCCCGGGCUACAGCGCCUGGAUCAAGGAGGAGGCUGCCGAGCGCUACCUGUACUUCCCUAACUGGGCCAUGGCGCUCCUGAUCACGCUCAUCGUCCUGGCCGUGCUGCCCAUCCCCGUGGGCUUCGUCCUGCGGCACUUCCACCUGCUCUCCGACGGCUCCAACACCCUCUCCGUGUCCUACAAGAAGGGCCGCAUGAUGAAGGAGAUCUCCAACCUGGAGGAGAACGACGAGACCCGCUUCAUCCUCAGCAAGGUGCCCAGCGAGGCGCCCUCCCCCAUGCCCACCCACCGCUCCUACCUGGGGCCUGGCAGCACAUCGCCCCUGGAGACCAGCGGCAACCCCAACGGACGCUACGGGAGCGGCUACCUCCUGGCCAGCACCCCCGAGUCAGAGCUGUGACCACCGCCCCGCCCUGCCUGCCUCGUCCCCCGCUCCCCGCCAGCCGGCCUGCCUGUCCCAGCCUGGCCUCUCCUUCCGGGCCAGGCCCUCCGCCCAAGGGGAGGGGGCUGCCCUGCCUCAUCCCCCACCCCGAUCCCGGCCCAUUUCUGCCCCCUCAAUCUGAGUGGGUGCUGGGAGAAGCUCUGGCCCCCAGUCUAGGCCCCCAAUGCAGCUAACCUUCUGAGAGCCUCGUACCAAAUUGCAGCUGAGUAGCUGGAACCAUCUAGAAAUCCCGAUUCCCAGCGCAACACAGGGCCACUCUAGGGGUCACUCCGCUCUCCCUUUCUCCCUGGCACCUGGCACCUGCAGUUCUGCGGUCUCAGGGCCCUUUAGGUCUGUGCUGCCAGGCAGGGGUGGUGCUGGGAGGUACCGGGGUGGGUUGGAUAGCCGUGUCUCAUCCUGACUUAGGGGUGGGUCAGAUGUGCCAGGACUCAGGGCUCAGACUUGGGACGGCGUCUGCACAAGUCCCCAAGUUCUGUUUGGUGAGGCAGGUGGGGCCCUCUGGUUUGAGCAGCAGCCUGGGCCGCAGGGGUGGGGGGGCUGAGGGGGCUCCUCUGGCCCCAGCUCAGGGGGGAACCCCCAAGUCCUUGGCCCUGCCUUGGGUGGGUGGGGCGUGCUCUCAAAUCCUGCCUGGGGGGUUGAUGACUGGCCCCGGAACCCCUCCCACCUCCCUUAGGGCUUCUCCUGCCCUCUCCCUCCACCUGCCUCCUGGAGCCCUGGGUGGCGGCCCUGCCUCCCUCCUCAAGAGCGGGGGGGCACAGCACAUGGAGGGCACACCUGAUGGUUCCCAGCACAAUUCAGAUGGUUCGGAGCACAGCUGUGAAGCACACACCCCUUCCCCUCUUGCCUGGGGCCCGACUUUCUCACUAGUGGCAGCUUCUCCCCCAGAACAGCGGUCCCUGGACGUCAGGGGCUCACACCCGGGGAAAGAGAUGAUUUCACUGCCCCUUUGGGCCACCACCCCCUCCUUGUACAAGCACAGCCCCCCCCCUCGUGUGCACAUCAUGUGGGGACACCUCGGAAGCCUUUCCCAAGCUGCCUGGCCUGUGGCAGGGAGGGCCACGGACAGUGCUGUGGACACUGCAAGCUGCCAGGGGACGGGCCAGCCCUCUGUCCUGGGGCUCAGUCCCACACGUGCUGACCCAACUUACCUUCCCCUUCCCCAGAAGGGGGCUUCCUUUGGAGUAUAGACUCAGAGGAGCAGAACCUGACCGGGGAGCAGAAGUCUGCAGAGCAAUAGAUAGAAGAAUGGAAGGAUGGAUGGAUGGAUGGAUGGAUGGAUGGGUGGAUGGAUGGAAGGAUGGAGGGAGGGAAGGAUGGAUGGAUAGAUGGAGGGAGGGAAGGAUGGAUGGAUAGAUGGAGGGAAGGAUGGAUGAAUGGAGGAGGGAAGGAUGGAUGAAUGAAUGGGAGGGAGGAAGGAAUUCUGGCUGGGACAGCAAAUCUCCAUCUUUGAGAGCUAUGGUGGGCAGGGCAGGGCGGGCCACAGUGCUUGGCCUGGCUCCCUUCACAGAGGGUCCUGACUCACUCUGUGCCUCUGACUGCUCUCAGCCUGGGAGGGACAGACUAGGCCCAGGGCGCCGUCCUUCACCCCUUAGUCUCUUGGUUCCUCCCCCUCCUUGGAGUCCACCCAGCACCUCCCUUACCCGUCCCCCCACCCCGUGCUCCCAUUUGCAGCCCUCUCAGCCACACCCAUCCUUCCUGCGUGUGUGAGGGGAGAGGGAGACCCACAUCUCCCCAAAAACGUGAGCUUUGGGGGCACAACAUCCCCCCUUAGGCCUCCUCACCUGACACCACCUGCUCCCUGGCCCCGUGCCUGAUCCCAAGCAGAAAUAGCAACAGGAAGCACAGGGCGCCGGGAGAGACACUGGACUAAAUAUACUCUUCUGUGUAUUCUUUCUAUUGUAUAUUCAAUCUGUACAUGUGGGUGUAAAUGCUGGUAAAUGACAAACCCAAUAUUAUACUGUGGCUGGUGGACUAUUUUCAUCCUCAGUGCUGUACAGAUCUAUUUUCAUUGUAUAUUUGAGAUAUUUUUAAUUUUGUAGCGUGUCGCUGGCCCAGGCCCCAGCCUGCCAGCCUGAGACAGGGUGACUGAGCCGGGCAUCUUCUCCGUCCUCGUGGGCUGGGUAGUGCUUGUAGCCACUGCUGUGAGCAGGGCCCUAUCCUGCUGUGUCUGCUGUUAACUGUAGGGCCUGGAGCUUGGCAUGCGUGUGUGCGUGUGUGUGUGUGUGUGUGUGCACAUACGUGGGUGUGGGUGUGUGUAGGCUGCUAAUUUGUGUUUCCCAGCGUUCACCACAACCCUGAAGACCACGCCGCCGCCACCUCCUGCCCCUCCUCUCAGCUCCAUCAGGCGAGGUCGCAGGGCAGGGUCCCGUGGGAAGUGCCCUCUGUGGGAAAGGCACACGCUUCUGACGGGUGACACAUUGCCUUCACACCAGCGGGCUUGCCCGAAACGGGGAAGGGAGGUCUUGGGGGCACGGGGGAGGUCCUUAAAUUUCUUUCCCAGCCAGCCUCUUGCUGUGCCCACUGGAGGCACAAGCUCUUCACUCCCAGAGUAAGCGCUGGGUUUCUUAAGAGGACGAGACCCCAAGAGGGCAUCGGCUCACGGGGCCCCUGUCCUGUGUGUGUCCUUGACACAUCGCUGGCAGUGUUCAGAGGGAACAGCUGACCCUCCCCUGUGCCUCUGACACAUGCCACCUGGGAGUGGGGCAGGGCCGAGAGCAGGUGGGGCAUCUGACCAGGUCAGACCAGCCCCAGAGCCCCCGCAGGAGCAGGAGGUGGCCAGAGGGGCAGGCCCCUAUGCUCCUGCACAGGGUCUCCACCCCAAUGACUUUGGUGCUGUCCUUGCAGUGCCCACAGGGGACAGAGCGGACCCAGGGCAGAGCAGGGCAGGGCUGUACCGGAAAGAGUCCCUGGUCCUGCCUCUGCUUGCCCUCCAGCCCCAGUCACCAGCUUCUUGCUCAGGGAGCCCUCUCUGCUGAGGCAGCUUGCAGCCGAGGCCCAGAUGGGGUGAGCCGGUGGGCACACAGGCUGGUGCCAGCCAGGUUGGCUUUUGCCCUCAAGCAGUAAGUCUGUGGGGGCUGCUGCUCUUCUAGUGCCCGGAGAAGCCCUCCUGAGUCAGUCUGCCACUGGCCACGUGGCUGGCAGGGGGCGGAAGCCGCAUGGGCCCAGGCCUGAGCGGGCUGCCGCGUUAUGAUGGGCAGGGGGCGGCCCUCUGCCCAUCCUCACUGCACCUCCCCCUCCCCACCAGAGCACAGGUUGGAAUGCACGCGACUCCCUGAGCCCUGAACCUGGGGGCCCACUGCCCCUUCACUGGAGCCUAGUGACUGGAGGCGAGGGGGGAGGGUCCGGGGUCCCCGCUCAUCCCAGCCCUGCUUUGUACAGACCCAAGCGCACCUGGCAGACGUCACUUUAGGUUCUGGCACCAGCUCAGAACAAUUCCAGUCCACGUGCCCCACACUAGACAAGAGUCCUGGGUCAUGACCGCUCAGCCCAGGGGAGGGAACAAGGCAUUGUCACCCCUGGAGACCCUCUUUCCUCUCUUUCCUCCCAUGGUGUACAAUAAAGCGUCUGUUCUUACCAAA